GUCACAAAAAAGCCGGACUGGGCACCGACGAGUCCGCUGUUCUAUAAACUAAUGGAUUUGAUAACCAUGGCUCCACUCGGCGGUGCAGCAUACUUCGUAUUUAUGCGUGGUGAAGGUAUAAAUUUUUUCUGUCCUCAAAGACUAAUGCUUUUUCCUGUCAUUUUGCAGAUCGAUCCAAUUGCUGGCUUUCUGUUGACGCCGUUCGCACUGUGGACCGGCUUUUACACGGUCCUGACCUACUGGAUCAGCAAGAUGAACACUUCGGAUGCGAGUGAGCGCUCUACUCUCUGA